UUUAAUAAUGUUGAUCUUCAUCCUCAAGGCCUUUCUUUUUAUGUCCCUUGUAACUGUCAAAGCAACUGCAAAUGAAACCAUAAAAAUAGGUGCAAUUAUUGACUUAAAUUCUCGUAUAGGGAAGGAACAGAAAACUGGCAUAAAUAUAGCAGUAGAGAAUUAUAACCAUGACAGAAGAAACAACAAGCAGCUUAUAACAGUUCAUUUUAGAAACACCAGCAAGGACACAAUUCAGGAUUUCUUCACAGCUGAAGAGCUGGUUGAACGAAACCAUGUAAAGAUGAUAGUUAUUGGCAUGCAGACGUGGGAAGAAACAGCUUUAAUUGCCGAUAUUGGGAAAAGGCAUCAAGUUCCAAUUAUCUCUUUUGUCACAGCUUCCUAUACACCAGAAUUGGUGCAGCUUAGAUGGCCUUUCUUGGUGCAAAUGACUACAAGUAGCUUGGACCAAAUAAAUUGUACAGCUAGUGUAGUUAGCUCCUACCAGUGGAGGAAAGUCAUAGUAAUUUAUGAAGAUGACAUGUAUAGUGAUUCUAGUAUGCUUGCAGUUCUAACUGAAACACUCAAAGGUCAUGGUGUAGAAGUAGAGCAUCAACUAAUUCUUCCACAAUUCUCUUCUCUGUCCGAUCCAAGGGAGGUUGUUCGACGAGAGGUUGUCAAGUUACUACAGAAACAAUCAAGGGUCUUUAUAGUUCUUCGCUCAUCAGUAUCCACUGCCAAUCAUCUGUUUAAAGAAGCCAAGGAAAUUGGACUUAUGGGAAGAGAUUCAGCUUGGAUACUUGCAGAUUCUCUUGCUGAUCUCUUGGAUUCUGUUGACAAAGCCUUUAUUUCAUCUAUCCAAGGGGCUUUAGGAAUCAAAAAUCACUAUGCAGAAGCCACUAAGUCUUUCCGACAUUUUAAAGGUCAAUUUCAAAAGAUUUUCCGGUCUGAAUAUCCUACGGAAGAUCACUCAGAGCCUGGAAUUCAUGCUCUAAAAGCAUAUGACAGUAUCACAGCUUUUGCUAACGCUGUGAACAAUUUGGGUGCGAAAAGUUCCAAUGACUCAGUGUUGAUGAAAAACAGAAUUCUUUCCAGCAAUUUCACAGGUUUGACUGGCAAUAUUAGUUUUGUCAAUGGAGUACUGUCACACCCUCCAACGUUUAGGAUUGUAAACAUUGAUGGAAACAGGUAUAAUGGACUUGGCUUUUGGUCAUCAAUGUUUGGAUUCUCGAAAGUUCUUGAAGCUGAAAAUGGGGAGUUAAUCGGGGUUAAUGGUUCCCGUGUUAUGAAGUUUAGUAUGGUUAAAUGGCCUGGAGAAUUGAAACGUGUCCCGAAAGGGUGGGCAAUGCCUACUGAUGCAAAACCAUUGAUUAUUGGAGUUCCAGGGAGAACAUCUUUCGAGAAAUUUGUUAAGGUUGAAACAGUGGCUGAGACAAAUGAAAUGAAGUAUACUGGUUUCUGUAUUGAUCUUUUCAAAGAAGUACUUAAAAUUUUGGAGAAAAAUUAUACACUACCUUAUGAUUUUGAAGCAUAUGAUGGAUCAUAUCCUGAUCUGGUUCAGCAAGUGAUUAAUGGGAGAUAUGAUGCUAUCGUUGGAGAUAUAACGAUAUUAGCUGAAAGGACAAAAUAUAUAGAGUUCACACAGCCAUUUGCAGAGUCAGGGUUGACCAUGGUGGUUCCAGUGAAGUUUGAUAAAUCGAAAAAGGCAUGGAUGUUCUUGAAGCCUUUCACUGGAAACAUGUGGGUAGCGACAGGUUCUGUCUUAGUUUACACAAUGCUUGUAGUUUGGUUCAUGGAGCAUCAGUCCAAUCCUGAAUUUAGAGGCCGGUGGAAAGAUCAACUCGGAACUGCAAUGUGGUUUACAUUCUCUUCACUAUUUUUUGCUCAUAGGGAAAACAUCAAAAGCAACUACACGAAGACUGUAGUAGUGGUUUGGCUUUUCCUGGUCUUCGUGUUGACCUCGAGUUAUACAGCUUCUCUGACAUCAAUGUUAACUGUUCCUAGACUGGAACCAAGUGUGAAAGAUAUAGGGUGGAUAAAGAGAACAAACGCAACCGUUGGAUGUGAUGGUGAUUCCUUUGUUAAGGAUUAUUUGAGGCAAGUCCUGGAGCUUCAAAAUAUCAAGAACAUUAGUAAUCAGGACGAUUAUCCGAAGGAACUUGAAAAUGGAAACAUCAAAGCCGCCUUUCUUGAAAUCCCAUAUCAGAAGAUCUUCCUUAGAGAGCAUUGCAACCAGUAUGUUGUAGCUGGUCCUAAUUACAGAUUUGGAGGACUAGCCUUUGCAUUUCAGAAAGGCUCUCCGCUAGCUCGUGAUGUAUCUGAAGCCAUACUGACUCUAACACAAGAUGGUACGCUUAACCGCUUGGAAGAACAUUGGUUUGCUUUGUCAAAGAAUUGUGAUAAUGUUGAUCCUACUGGUGAAACAGAAAGCCUCACCCUUGGGAGCUUCUGGGGCUUGUACCUAGUCUCUGGUGCAACAUCAACUCUCUGUUUGCUAUUUUAUGUGUAUCAUUUAUUCAGAAAAUCCCGGCAACUGACUGGUGCAUUUCGUGACAAUAUACUUCAUCCAUCAACUGAUCAAAGUUUAUGGACAAAGACAGCUGGAAUUAUACGGUAUAACAAAAAUGACAAGCCUAUAGUAACUUUAAGGAGAGUAACGUCUGCCCGGGCAGCAGGUCUUGGGGUAGACGAGAGGGCUGAUUCGCGUAAGUGGCACUUGGUGAGUCCUUCAGACGCUGCCCAAAUUUAUGAUGGCUCUUCCCAACAUCCUCAACUUGCUGUAGAAUUGGGGAAUUCAAGGUCAAAUUGAAGUGGGAUUAUUCGGAGUAACAAAAUAUCAAAACAUACUUAUAUAGGUUUUCAGUUUUCUGCACUAACUUCUUAUAGCGAACAUUGAUUCCUCUGAAAUCUGAAUCAAUUCAAAUGUAAAGGUUUCAAUAGAAUUAUAAAUUGUAGAAUAGUAUUCCAACUCAUGAACAAAUGGAUAGGCAAAGUGGAAUGAUCAUGACAACAUGAAAGUUCGAAUGUUAUGUACUUCUCACAAAGUGGUCACUCACUUGGAAACAAAAAAUUUAUACUUGAAAGUGACUUUUUAGUUUUUAAAAAUUCUCCUUUUUCAGGGGCACAAUUAAAGCCUGGCAUGAGAAAAUGUGAAGCCUGGAAGUGCAUGGUCCACAGCAUUUACUGAGCUCAUUUCUGGUAGAAAGCCAGUGAUAUCAACAAA